AGGGUGGACUAGGCAGGGCCAGCUUGCAGAGCACUCAGAGGUCACCCGGAAGGGGAGCUGGCCAGACAGAAAUCCAACUUUCCAGCAGAAACCUAGGACGUUGGAGUUAAAAGACGCAUUUAUGGGCCUUUAAAAAAGCAGGACUCAGAACAUCCACUGACUGAGAAGGGCUGCCCUGUGUCAAUGGAGGAGGAAGCAGAAGAGGAACCUGGGCUGGGCAGGUCGGCAGCCCCCAAAGACUUUCACUUUUAUCACAUGGACCUGUAUGACUCUGAAGAUAGACUGCAGCUCUUCCCAGGAGACAGCAGCAGAAUCAGGAGGGAAGUAACCCAAGCCGAAGAUGACCGUGAAUUAGGGGAUGAAUUUGUGGAUGAACACAGACUGGGGACUCUGGGGUAUCCAUCUUAUGGGAUGAGGAGGAGGGACCCAGGCAGGGAGCAGAGAGACUGGGGUGAGGCAGCUGAGGCCGAGGACCUGGGCUAUGGAGGAGGGCAAGGCCCUCUUGACCAGUGCCAAGACCUCCGGGAAGCCUACAGAUACACACAUGGCCGUGCCAGCGAGGAGUAUGAAUGCUAUGUCAUCCCAGAGGAGGAAGACGAAGAAGAGCCUGCUGAUGUCUUCUGCAUCACUUGCAAAACUCCAGUAAGAACUGUUGAGAAGGAUUUUGAUACACACAAGGAACACGAAGUAACCCCAAUCAACAAAGCUCUGGAACAUGCCAAGGAUGAAAUUCACAAAAAUAUGUGCAAAUUGGAACAGCAGAUAAUUGAGAUGGAAAAUUUCGCUAGCCACCUGGAAGAAGUGUUCAUUACUGUAGAGGAGAAUUUUGGAAGACAGGAACAAAACUUCGAGUGCCAUUACAAUGGGAUCUUGGAAACCCUCGCUCAAAAGUACGAAGAAAAAAUUCAAGCUCUGGGGGAGAAAAAGAGAGAGAAACUGGAAGCCUUAUACGGACAGCUGGUCAGCUGUGGAGAGAACCUUGAUGCCUGCAGGGAGCUGAUGGAAACCGUAGAGGAGAUGUGUCACGAGGAAAAGGUGGAGUUCUUAAAGGAUGCAGUGGCUAUGACUGACAGACUGGGGAAAUUCCUGAAAACCAAAACUGAUGUGGAACUCUCUGCACAACCUGAGUUUGAAGACCAGACCUUGGACUUCUCUGAUGUGGAGCAGCUGAUGGACGCCAUCAAUACCAUUCCAGCCCCCUCUGCUCCAGUGAUAAAUCCCCAGGCACCCAACUCCGCCACCGGCUCCUCAGUGCGCGUGUGCUGGAGCUUAUAUUCUGACGACACCGUGGAGAGCUACCUGCUGUCCUAUAGGCCGGUGCAGGACAGCUCAUCUGGCAAGGACGAAGCGGAAUUCACCAUGACGGUCAAAGAAACAUAUUGCUCAGUGACAAAUCUUGAGCCAAAUACCCAGUAUGAGUUUUGGGUCAUAGCUCAGAACAGGACUGGCCCCAGCCCCUGCAGUGAGCACGCAGUGUAUAUGACAGCCCCCUCUCCCCCCUCUAUAAAAACCGAGGCAAUCAGAAGCUGUGAAGAGGCUGCACUGAUUUGCUGGGAGUCUGGGAACCUGAAUCCGGUGGACUCCUACACGGUGGAGCUAAUCCAGGCAGAGACACCAGAAGCCUCGGGGGUAACUGAGUCUGUCGUAGGCAUCCCAACCUGUGAAUCCCUGAUACAGCUGCAGCCUAGACACAGCUACACCAUCUAUGUGCGAGCCCUCAACGUGGGAGGCACCAGUGCCAGAAGUGAGCCUGCUACAGUGCACACCACAGGAAGCUAUUUCCAAUUGAACAAAGACACCUGCCAUCCCUGGCUGACCAUUUCUGAAGAUGGGUUUACGGUAGUUCGAAGUGAGAAGAAAAGUUUCAGAAGGGAGCUGCCACCGAGCAAGACGCAAUUUACCAGGUGUGUUGCUGUCAUGGGGAAUCUAAUUCCAGUCCGAGGGCGCCAUUACUGGGAAGUGGAGGUGGCUGAGCAUAUGGACUACACUGUGGGUGUGGUCUGUGAAGAUGUCCCUAAACAGGAAGACCUGGGCGCAAACUCCUUGUCCUGGUGCAUGAGGCACACAUUUGUUUCCAAAAGGCACCAGUAUGAGUUUCUGCACAACAGGACGACUCCAGACAUCAGGAUCACAGUUGCUCCGAGGAAGAUUGGCGUGCUGCUGGACUACGAGAACUCCAAGCUGUCCUUUUUCAAUGUGGACAUUGCUCAGCACCUGUACACAUUUAGCUGUCAGCUCCACCAGCUUGUGCAUCCCUGCUUUUCCCUGGAAAAGUCUGGAUGCCUAAAGAUCUACAAUGGCAUUUCAAUGCCAAAGCAUGUCACUUUCUUUUAGGCCCUUCUGGUAUUUCCACUCUUUCUUCCUUCCUGUCCCUCAGCCACCCUCCCCUUGCUGGCUGAACUUGGUAUUCAAGGUUCCUACUGCUAGCCGAAGCUAAAGCUCACAGUAGUGUCAGUUGAUGGUGUACUGGAACCCAUUUCACCUGUGUGCUGUACCCUGCUGAAGCUAGGGGGAGCCCUUAUCAGGCUGUUAAAUGAGGGCUCUUGUGUGGUCGAAUUCUUGGAGUGUCAAAUUGCAGUUUGUGAUAUGUAAAGUAUUUUAAGUCUCCUAAACUUAUAGACCUAGGGAGAGGGUCAGGGAAGUCAUGAUGGCAUCAGCAGCCCCUGUACAUUUGUGACAUUUCACUGUUUACCAAGAUCAGACUAGGAAAGGCAAGAAAUUACAGAAAAAGAAGGAAGCCAGGUGCCCAUCUCAAGGCCAUUGUGGUAACUGAAUAAGAAUGGUUCCCGUAGGGCAUGCUUAGUCAUGGGUGGAGGAGGGGCUAGGAGUGGCACUGCUUGAAAAGGAUUAGGCUUAUUAGGAGAAGUGGCUUUGUGGAUCAGAAUAAACCUCUCCACUACGAUCCCAUGCAGUGAGUACUGCCAUGCUUCCUGCCAUAAUAAAGGGCUUAACCUCUCAAACUAUAAGCCAGCCAGCACCCAAUUAUAUGUUUUCUUUUAUAAGCAUUAUCUUGGUCAUGGUGUCUCUUCACAGCAACAAAACAAUAACUAAUACACAAGUUGGUUGUUAUCAAGGACUGGGGUAUUGCUGUAACAGGCUCGACUGUGCUGCUUGUUGGAAGAAUAUGAAAGGCUUUGGGACUUUGGACUAGAAAAGUGGCUAAGUACUUUAAGUGUGACUAAUGGGAGAACAGAAGACACUGCUGAGAUGAUUUGAACUGUGGGAUUCAGGGGAUCAAGAAGUUUAAGAGGGGAUGAAUAUUAGUAAGUGGCCAUUGGACCAUUCUUGUGAUAUUUUAUCAAAGAAUAUGGCUGCUUUUUGCCCUUGCCCUAAAAAUUUGCCUGAGGCCAAAUUGAAGAGUUUUGGAUUAACAGCUUUUAACCAAGGAGAUUUCAAGACAGCCUGGUAUUGACCCUGCAAUAAGGCUAUGAGUGACUGCUCUUAUUCAUAUCUAUAGUGAAAAGGAGUAAGGGGAACAGGAACAGUACAAAAUGUAAAGUUUGAGUAGAAAAGGAAGACCAGGAAAUGAUUUGUUAGAGCCAAGCUGGGCUCAAGGAGACUAGGUUAAAGAAAAGCCAGGUGCUAACUGGAAUAAAGGAAUGGUGACCUCAGGGCAACACCACACCCACCUAAGCUUCCAACCUGAGAAAGGAAUCAAAGGAAAGCUUGAGCAGUAAAGGAAGCCAUCAACAGGAAGCUGGUGCAGACUGUAACUGAGAGAGGGGGUCAAGUUCCAGCCCCAGCAAGCAGAACUUAGCAGCUUCAGCCAUGCGGUUCUUUCUGGCUUUAGAGUUAAGAAUGUAAGACAGGAGGUUGUGGAAUCUUCCUUCACAGUUAAAGACAGCCACUUAGGCCAGAUGUGUCAGCAGUGUCCCUGUGUGGAGGCCCAAAAAGGAUAUGAAAUUGUAAAGGUGACACCUGAUUGCCUUGGAAACCUCAUGGUGUUGGAGAUGCCAGACACAUGGGACACCUGCCAAGGACAGCUGCUAAGAGGGUAUGUAACAUGAGAGAGAGAGAGAGAGAGAGAGUGCUGCAGUCAUCAAAGCUGAAAGGAGUUGUGGAUCUGAAGAACACUUGGACAUUAGACAUGGAGAUGCAGGACUGGAGUCAGCCUUGUUAGGUUUAGGUCUUGCUUUGGUCCAGUAUUUCCUCACUAUUCUCCUUUUCCUUCCUGAUGGAAUGGUAACAUCUAUUCUGUGCCACUGUAUGUUGGAAGGAUGUGAUCUCUUUUUUUAUUUUGAUCUUACGGGUGAUACAGUUAAGAGAUUGCCAUGUAUCGCAGAAGAAACUUUGGACUUGAAAACAGUGUUAGUGUUGUGACAGCAAUAGAAGAGUGACAAAGACAACCAUCUACCUAGCCCAGUGUUUCCUAACAAAAGCACGGCAAAAUGCACUGUUGAAACAGCUGUCUUCUGCUUCAUGGUGGUUCUAACUCCACUCUGACUCUGAAAUUACCUCCAAGAUGCCUACAGGCAGAGACUGUGUGCCUUGUUUAUAAUUUGACUUUGGGGGCUAACAUGCCGACAGGUGCACACCAAUACAUGGCGCCUAAACAAGCACCUUCUUCAUGCUCGCGCCACUGCUCUUUGGCUUCCUGCUGCUCUUGGUGGGAAAGAUGGCAGGGAGGAGGAGAAAACUCUUAAGGGAGGCAGGUGAAGAACAGAAGCUACCCAUGGCUCACUGGAGGGCUACUGCCAUGCCCACACACACAAUCUACUCGUGAUUGGGGUGAAUGGAGACCCGAGGAAGGGGCUCGGGAUAGGUGGAGAUGAGAGAAAGAGCAUUAGCUAGGAUUCAUCAAGGAACCGUCAUGAAGUGAAAAAGCAGUGGAUUUGAAGCCAAGGACUGGGUCCGACUGCUUUUUGUAUCUACUUGCCUAAAACCUACAGACCCGUGCUCCCCAUCAAACAAAGGAGAGACGGUAUUUGUCUCAUAAGGAUGUGAUGCUUCAUCCAAACCUAAGUGCCGAGUAAUGAGUGGCAUACGGUGUAUUUAUGUUUCAGGGCAAUCAUCAGCUCACCGCAGUCAAUGCUGGGCCCUAGGGAAGGGAAGGCACUGUAGCCAGCAGCUCUUGGGUGCCCUGCCUCACUGUCUUCAGCUAAGGACCAUGGUGCCUGGCUCCACCAGCUCCAUUGCUGGCUCCCCUGUUCACAUUUCCAAUCCCCAACUCAAGUCCCUGUCAAAGCUUAGCACUCCAGCUGCAGAGUAAGAACUUCACUUGAAAAGACCAGGACACUGUUGAGUACCAAGUCCCCUGAUGCUGCCAACACAGGCGUGCCCAGGGAGACCCUCUUCUCUUUAGAACUUUGUGUUCUAGCCCACCCUAAUUCUGAUGCGGUAACAACUCUCCCCUCCUUCUGGACGCUACUAGUGCAAGCAGCAGCUCAGAUUCCUGAUUUAUCACUUGCCCAUAGAGCUUGUCUGUCUGUCUGUCUGCCUGCCUCUCUGUCUGUCUCUCUCUGUGUGUGUCUCUCUCUGUCUCUUUCACACACACACACACACACACGCACACACACACUGGACUUCUUCUUACCCUGACAUAAGGCACUGCAGAUGUAAACACAAGCUGGCUGAAGCUGUUAAUGAAAUAUGCAUGUGUAUUUAGUGAAAGACAUUCUCUACUACUGAAAUAGAAACCACCAAGUGGGAAACGUGGAUCACAGGCAUGGGAUCUACUGGGAUUCCUGGACUGCUUUGCACAUAACACAAACAGGGAACAUGACUAAAACAUAAUACCCAAAAAAUUUUGAUACUUUUUUUUUAUU